AUGCCACAUGUGGAUAUUCUCUACAGCCAGCUCCAGAAGAGGACCAUCGAUUCUGUCUUUGUUCAGGGAAUCAUGCAGAAGUUCACAGACAACAUACAAAAGAUCAGAGACUCCCUCUUCACUCUCUGUGGAGAACACAGUGGCAGUGGAUCUCAGCUGGCCAAGAAACGCCGCACCCUGGGCCCCGGUGAACUUCAGAAGGUAUCCACAGAGGUUUGUGACACCAUCUUGGUCCAUGCAAAGCAGAGAUUUGCCUUCACAAAGCAUCUGAUCAGUGCUACACUGCUGCAGGCAGACAGAUUUCAACAGUACCACAGCCAGUUCCCUGAAGCAGCACUAAACACCACUGUGGAGGCUUACCCAAUGCUGAACAAGAACAAGCUGAAAACUGAACUGUCUCUCAUCUACAGCAAUGAUGAGUUCAAGAGCUGCAGUGGUGCUGUGGCUCUCUACCAGCUUUUCAUGGAGAACAAUCUUCAGGACACCUUCUCAGAGACUGUUGCUCUGCUUAAGAUCCUCAUCACAACUCCCAUGACCACAGCUGAAUCUGAGAGGUGCUUCUCAACACUGAAGAGAAUCAAGACCUUCCUUAGGAACACAAUGUCACAGGAUCGUCUCAAUGCAUUGGCCAUGCUCUCGAUGGAGAAGAAUCUUAUUAAAACCAUCCCUGACUUCAACCAAAGAGUCAUUGAGAAAUUUGCUACUCUCAAGGACAGAAGGGCAAAAUUUAUGUACAAAAAAUAA